AUGUCAGUCAGCGCAGAGGAGGUUGCCAAACACAACACCGACAAGGAUUGCUGGGUCAUUGUGGGGGACCAAGUGCUUGACGUCACCAACUUCCUCAGCCGCUCGGAUGCCGAUCAGUUCCUGUUGCAGCAUGUUACAAUGGUCUUGUACUUCUUGCAGACUUUGUACGAGGCAGGUGAGCACCCUGGCGGGAAGAAGUCCAUCAUGAUGUUUGCUGGCAAGGACGCCACUGAGGAGUUCGACAUGCUUCAUGACCGCAAGGUCAUUAAGAAAUACGGGAUCGACGAGGGAACUGUGGAGCUGAAGGGCACUAUCAAGAAGUGA